UGGCCCCACACCAGGGGAUCCAUCUGGGGUCAGGUGUGGAGUCACCCCCGCCAGGACACAGGGGUGGGGGGAGUGGGGGAUCCAUGGGGAUGAAAAAUACGGGAAAAUAAGGAUUUUGACCCUUCAGCCUGUGUAACCUCUCGGUGCCAUGUCACCCCUCAGCCCUGUGUCACCUCUCAGCCCUGUGUCACCCCUGAGUCUGUGUCACCCGUCAGCCCCUGUCACCUCCCAGCCCUGUGUCACCCCCCAGCCCCUGUCCCCCUUCACCCUGUGUCACGUCCCAGCCCCUGUCACCUCUCAGCCCUGUGUCAGCCCUCAGCCUCUGUCACCCCUCAAUCCUGUGUCACCUCCCAGUCCCUGUCACAUCUCACCCUGUGUCACCUCCCAGCCCCUGUCACCACAUCCUGGGGCCAUGCCAGCUGCGGCGGCGGCAGGAAACGUUCCGCCGCCCCGAGCCCUUCCCGUGUGCGCGGGUGACCAGAGCCGGGGGUGCCGGUGCUGCCGCGGUGCCGGUGCUGCCGGGGGUGCCGGGCUGCCGAUGCUGCCGCGGUGCCGGUGGCGCCGGCCCGGGCGGGCCGUAUGGCUGCGGGCGCUGUACAGUUACCGGUACCGGGCGGACGACGGGAGGGACGUGGCCAUGGCCGCGGGGGAGCGGCUGCUGCUGCUCCGCAGGGCUACCCCGGACUGGUGGCAGGUGCGGCGACCCCGGGACCCCCCCUGGGCGCGGCCCUUCUUCGUCCCCGCUGCCUACGUGGCCGAGGAAGAGCCCGGUAACAGCGGGACCCAGAGCCCGGAGACCCCCACGGAUGCCCCCCCCCGGCGCCCCCCACCAUCUCCCGCACCGCGGGGGGAAGGCAGCGGGCGGGCCCCCCCAUGCCCGCAGGGCCCCCCCUUCAGGUUUUGGGGUCCUGGGAGCGGCACCGGGACCCCGAGAGCGGCCGCUGCUUCUUCUACAGCCCCGAGAGCGGCACCAGCUCCUGGAAACCCCCCCGGCGGCACCGGGACCGGGGGGACACGGGGGCGGGGGCUCCAGAACCAGCAGGUGACCCAUGGCCGGACCCUCACCCACCGCAGCCCUGAGGAGCGAGGAGCCGCCCCCGCCUUGCCUGGGCUGCAGCUCCCCAGGAGCAGAGCGGGUUUGUGGGGGGCUUUCCUGACCCCCCUGGAGCUGGAAGAGAAUCCUCCAGGUGAGUGGACUGGGGACCCCAGUGGGAUGGGGGGCCUAAAACCAGGGGCUGGGGGCUCUCCAGGACAGCCCAGGGUGCCCCUGCACAUCCAGGGCCCCCAAAACGGAACAGAAGUUGCUCCUCGUGUGGGGGGCAUGGGGGGAGGAGGGGGCAGCACAGACCCCCUUGGGUUGGGGCACCCCGGAGCCCCUCAUUGCCCAGAAACUGGUCCCAGUGUCCUUCCCUGCCCUCACACUUCCCCCUCACCCCCUACCAGUCCCGUUUGCCCCCCACCGACCCCGCUCCUCCCCAUCCCAGUUUGCCCAGUGCCCCCCAUCCCAGAGCGCCCCUGUCCUGGGGUGCCGCUGGCCAGGCACCCACGAGAGCCGCUCGCCCGCUCCCCUCUGCGCUGGCCGGAGGAGUGAGACUCGAAUCGUGAGCUGGGAUAGGGACCAGGAGAGGUCACUCCUCAGGGCCAUUGAAGGCAAAACGGGCUCGGCUUAGAGAUAGAAAAUGAAUUUAUUGCCGACAAAAUCGGGGCAGGGUAGUGAGAAGUGAAACAAACCCUUGAAAACACCUUCCCCCCACCCCUCCCUCCUGCCCAGCUCCGCCUCCUACCCCAGGGGGGCCCGGACAUGGGGUGGGGGCCGUGGGCAGUUCAUCCCCUUCUCCCGCUGCUCAGGGACAGGAGCUGCUCCCCUGCUGCACCCUGGGGUCCCUCCCGUGGGAGACUUCUCCAGGAACUUCUCCAGUGUGGCUGCAGCCCCCGGCAGCAGCCCCCUCACAGCUCUGCAGCCCCU